UGGGGGGAUGCGAGUCGCGCCAAGAUGGAAAGAAGAGAAAGAAAAAGAAAAAGAGGGUGCAUUUUGCAGAGGAUGUGGUGGACCUAAGACGGAACAGUGAGGCAUAUAGGAAGCUGCCCAGUAAUAUCCGUCAUGGCCAAACUUUGCCGGCGAAUUCAUCGACUUUGAAGAACAGUCACGGCGGAAUGCCGGCAAAUCGGGCGGCUCUGUACAACGGAAUUCUAAGAGACCGAGUCGUCCACCGGGUCGCCUAUUCCUAUUGA